GGCCCCAUGACAGGUCAGCACAUGUGUUGGCAAGAUAAGAAAAAUAAAGAUAAUGUUGAGUAAUUAUCUUUUGAAACAGAAAGAGAUAAUGGCAGUUGGCAAGAUAGGGGAGGAUCACAUUUAAAAAGGAGAUUUUAUCUGAUAAAGUCCAAGUGGCAAAAUUUGAAAGGGGAUUAGACUAGGUCAAAGAUCCUUCCACUAAUUGAAGGAAUCUCCAUGGGGGAUCACAUUCUCUUUGACUCAAAGGCCCCUAAAGCUACAAGGUUGUCCUCAGAUGGCAAGGAAGAACAAAAUCCUUUAUUAGCAAUUUGGUUGCAAAAAGAUAGGCUAGUCAAGAGCUUGAUCGUUGCAACAUUAUCCCUAGCAAUUCGAAACUUUACAAUCGGACUCAAAUAUGCCAGGGAUGUAUGGAAGGCCUUGGAGGAGCACUUUGCAAACUCCUCUAAAGAAAGGGCUCGAGAUCUCUUACGACAACUACGAGAGGUCAAAAGAGAUGAACAUCCUACACAUGAUGCAUAUCUACAAAAGAUAAAUAUGAUUAGCAAUGAGCUUGCUGCUAUUAAAGAGCCACUUGAUGAUGGUGAUAAAGUAUACUGGUCUUUAAAUGGUCUUGGUGAUAAAUAUGAUAGCUUUGUCACACCAAUGCAGCGCCAUAAGAACUUGCUUUCAAAUGAGAAGCAAGUGUUUACUGCACAUCACAGAAGAGGUCCAUACAACAAUCAUUCUCCUAGAGGCAGAGGUCAAUCAAGAGGAAGAGGAGUCUCUUGCCCAAUCGGCAUCAGAGUAGCCAAAUAAGUCAAGACUAGAGUCUUUAAGCAAAUGAAGGCCAUAAUCAAUUGUUCCCUUCACAUAUCUCAAUAUUCUUUUGACUAACUGAAAGCUUCCAACAGUAGGAGAGUGAAUGGAUUAGCAUGCAGUAUUAAUGGCAUAUGAAAGUUCUGGCCUUGUGAUUGUUAGAUACUGUAAAGCUCCAACCAAACUUCGAAAGAGUGAAGGAUUGGAGAAUGGCUCUGUGUGAGAAAGUGCCAAGGACUUGGCGACCAUUGGUGUUGCUAUGGCUUUGCAAUCAAUCAUUCCUGCACAC